GUAAGCCUAAAAAUAGUCAUGUGUGAUCUUGUUUGAUUCGUCUUAACAUAUAUAUUAUUAAUAUAUAAUUUUUAUAAUUUUUUAAUAUACAAAUUACAAGAUAAAAUGGAUUAAAGAAGUGCAUUGGAUGGUGUGUCAAAAGAGAAAACAGGCCGGUGACUAAUUCGUUAUCCCUCCACCGCGUCAAAAAUUCCGGCGACUAUCCGAUCUCUACCCAACCAUCUCUAUGGCCAAAAUCAGUAAUCUAUCGGCGAUGACCAGUAUAGAAUGAGGAGGAGAAUCGUCAAAGUUCAAUCAUCAUGCCAGUCUCCUGCCCUGACAUCUUCUCCGAUCUGCUCUGCGGAGAGGAUUCCGGUAGCGUCUUCUCUGGAGGCGUUGGAGAGUCGCCGGAGUACUCAUCAUCGGAUCUUACAGAAUCUCCUCUUGCCGAUCCCGAUCUCGACGAAUCCAUCGCUGGUCUAAUUAACGACGAGCGAAAUUUCGUCCCUGGAAUUGACUACGCCGAGCGAUUCCAUUCUCAAUCAAUUGACGCCGCCGCCGCCAGAGGCGACUCCGUCAAUUGGAUUCUGAAGGUGCAGCAACGCUACGGUUUCCAGCCACUCACGGCGUACCUUGCCGUCAAUUACUUUGAUCGUUUCAUCUACGCUCGCCGCCUACCGUUAAAGAAUGGUUGGCCGGUGCAACUACUGUCCAUUGCUUGUCUAUCAUUAGCUGCUAAGAUGGAGGAAUCUCUGGUGCCAUCUCUAUCCCAACUUCAGGUUGAAGGUGUGAAAUACAUGUUUGAGCCAAAAACGAUACGGAGAAUGGAGCUUCACGUGCUUACCGUGUUGGAUUGGAGGCUAAGAACCAUUACACCCUUCAGCUUCCUCCCCUUCUUUGCCUACAAACUCGAUCCCACUGGGACAUAUACGGGUUUCUUCAUCUCAAAAGCCAUUGACCUUAUUUUGUCAAACAUACAAGAGGCUAGCUUUCUUGGGUACUGGCCUUCAUGCAUUGCUGCUGCAACAAUGCUUUGCGCGGCCAACGAUCUACCAAAUUUUGCUUUCGUCAAUGCUGAGCACGUUGAAUCGUGGUGCUUUGGACUCGUAAAGGAAACCAUCAUUAGUUGCUGCCAAUCAAUGAAGAAAGUUCCCAUUGAAAUAAGAGCAAAUAGAUUUCCAAAAGUUUUGCCCGAGGUUCGAGUCAUGGCCUGGGCUGGUUCAUCAUCGUCUAGCGACGACGCAUCAUUGUCCCCUUCUCAUAAAAGAAGGAAACUAAUCCAUAACAGCCCAUCAUCGUCGGAUUAAGAUCAAAUUGGGAGGAGGAUCUUGGGGUCAUUUAAUCACAAUCCUCUGCAUUUUUUUCUUGGAGGUGGUCACAAAAUAAUUCUUAAAAAUCCCAAAAAAUAAAAACAACCAAAUGAAUCGAAGAUAAUUAU